AUGACGGAGACCCUGCUUCGCUUCGGCGGCGCCACCGGCUUCGAGCCCUUCGGCCUGUACGGCCAGCACAACGCCUACUACCCGCAGCUGGAGCCCUCGCACGGGUACGACCCGGCCUACGACCCGGCCUACGACCCGGCCUACGACCACGGCUACGACCACGGCGCCGACCAUGGCUACGAGCGCACCCUGGAGUACGAGCAGCCCGCCAGCCCGCCGAGCCCGGCGGCCAGCUCCUGGGGCAGCGCCAGUGUGGUGAAGCGGCGCCGGCUGGCCGCCAACGCGCGCGAGAGGCGCCGCAUGAACAACCUGAACGACGCCUUCGACCGCCUGCGCGACGUCGUGCCUUCCCUGGGCUCGGACCGCAAGCUGUCCAAGUUCGAGACGCUGCAGAUGGCGCAGACGUACAUCGCGGCGCUCAGGGACCUGCUGGGCCGCGAAGACUAG